CGCCUUAUAAUAUAAAUGCUUUGACCUCCCACGUUGCAUUUAAUGCACUAUCAUCGCAAAAUAUUGCAAAGAUGCGCGAAACAGCUCGUCAAAUUCGCACCGAGCGUACAAAGCUCAUAUCUUCUAUCACUAGCAUAACUGGCAUUGGUAAGAUAUUGGGUGCAAACGAUGCCAAUUUUAUUCUUGUACAAGUUUUAGAUGAGGCUUGCGAAAAGCCAAGUAACGGAAGAGCUAAUUGGAUUUAUAAAGAAUUGGCGGAACGUCUAGGAAUAGUGGUUAGGUAUCGAGGCAAUGAAUUUGGUUGUGAAGGGUGUUUGAGAAUUACGGUGGGAACACCUCAAGAAAAUGAAGUAUUAUUAGAAAAUUUGAGACAAUUAUUGGAGGGAACUUCUGUUAAAUCUACAUAG